GAUGGAACUCAAGUUCAGUUCAAGUCAGUGGCGCUGCAGAAGUUUGUGAGCGCUGCUAAUGGAGGAGGCUCAAAUGUAACUGUAGAUCGUGAUAUUCCUUCUUGGUGGGAAACCUUCAAGAUAUGGAGAGUAUCUGAAAAAAUGUUUCAUUUUCGAUGCUAUGGUGGCCAAUUUUUAACGUCGCUCAGCAAAGGAAAUGCAAUAUUAGCAACAGCAGACAUACCCACUGUUUCAGAAACAUUUAUAGUUGAAAGAAAUGACACAAAGGUCCACAUUAAGCUCCUGAGUGGCAAUUAUUUGCAGGCUUCAGAAGAUAAUGAGCUCACGACGGACUAUCAUGGUAAACCGGGGUGGGAUGAUAAUGCUGCAACAUUUGAAAUGGUGAUAUAUGCGAACAAUUUGCAUGGAGAUUUUCAGCUUGCUAAUGGAUAUGGACAGGAUAAAGCUAGAGAGAUUCUAAUG